UCCUCAGUCAGCAGUUGCCAUUGCUGUGGUGAAUAAGGAAAGAGGGGAGGGAGAGAAAGAGACAGUGGUGAAGAACGAGAGAAAAGGCAGGAGGGGGUUGACAGAGAAGCGGAACGACAGAAAGAAGAAAAGGGUAGCUGCCUCUGGAGGAAAUAAUUGUGAGGGGGCCUCAUAGCGGGAGGAAGCAAGCUAGGAGGCAGGCAGAUUAGCAGCGGUCCUAUGGCUCAGUCGGCUGCUAACGGUGUGGACCAGGAUCUGGCCAGCAAGAGGCUGCACUCAAGGAUGGAGGCCUCUUGCUUGGAGUUGGCCUUGGAAGGAGAGCGGCUGUGCAAGGCUGGGGACUUUAAAGGGGGAACAGCGUUUUUUGAGGCCGCCGUACAGGUCGGCACAGAAGACCUGAAGACCCUCAGUGCCAUCUACAGCCAGCUGGGCAAUGCCUACUUCUACCUCAAAGAGUAUGGCAAAGCCCUGGAAUACCACAAACAUGACCUGACUUUGGCCAGAACAAUAGGAGACAGAAUUGGAGAAGGAAAAGCCAGUGGCAACCUUGGUAACACAUUAAAAGUGUUGGGGCGCUUUGAUGAAGCUGUUGUGUGCUGUCAAAGACACCUGGAUAUUUCUCAAGAGCAGGGAGACAAGGUUGGAGAGGCCAGAGCACUGUAUAAUAUAGGGAACGUGUUUCAUGCCAAGGGAAAACAGCAGUUAUGGGGUUGCACCCAGGAACCAGGGGACCUGCCUCCUGAUGUCAGAGACACACUGCAAAGGGCUACUGGCUUUUAUGAGAUGAACUUGUGUUUGGUUAAAGAACUUGGAGAUCGAGCUGCUCAGGGGAGGGCCUAUGGGAACCUGGGCAACACCCACUAUCUGCUGGGAAACUUUGUCGAAGCUAUCAAGUUUCACCGCCAGCGAUUAUCCAUAGCCAAAGAAUUUGGGGACAAAGCAGCAGAACGGCGAGCCUACAGUAACCUAGGCAAUGCCCUGAUAUUCUUGGGCCAGUUCAACACAGCCACUGAAUACUACAGGAAAACUUUGCAGCUGUCCAGGCAGCUGAGGGACCAGGUGAUGGAGGCUCAGGCCUGUUAUAGCCUUGGAAACACUUACACUCUUUUGCAGCAGUAUGAGACGGCCAUAGACUACCACCUGAAACAUCUGUACAUAGCCCAGGAGCUUACUGAUAGAGUUGGAGAAGGCCGGGCCUGCUGGAGUCUGGGAAAUGCAUAUGUGUCUUUAGGGAACCACAAACAAGCUUUCCACUAUGCCCGAAAGCACCUGGACAUCUCUAAAGAAAUUGGAGACAGAAAUGGGGAACUGACAGCCAGAAUGAAUGUGGAGCAGCUGAUGGAUGCUCUGGGGGUCAAUGAAAGCGACCUUUCACCCUCCAGUUCAGAGUUUGAGAUGCAAGGAGCAAGGCCCAAAUUCACGAAGAGAAACAGCAUGGACAGUGUCGAAUUGUGGAAGUACUCUUCAGAUAAGAAUGGUGAAAACCAAGACUUGGAAAGUAUACCCAGGAGAUCCAAAAGUCAGCAGUCACAGCCAGGCAAAAGAAAAGGCUAUCCUGACAGCCAAUCAUCAGAUGAAAGGCCGUGGUUGGACUCUCCUGUAGACACUGAUGACAUCACUGUGCAAGUCCCGCCUCCAGUGCCAAAGCUGGGCCGUGACCCCUCCGAUGAAGACUGCUUUUUUGACCUCCUUAGCAAGUUUCAAAGCAGCCGCAUGGAUGACCAGCGCUGCCAUCUUGAUGAGCCACAGAACGGAGACAACGGAGAAGGUGCUGCAAACUCCGUGCCAUCCCUGAACGAGAUGAUAGAUCCUGCAAUUACCACUUCCCCCCAGACUGAGGAGCUGUUUGAUUUGAUUGCUAGCUCCCAGAGCCGCCGUCUAGAUGACCAGCGGGUUAAUGUUGGUAACCUUCCAGGCCUGAGGAUUACCCAUAACAAUCUGGGACACCUGGUGGGUGAGGGAGAUCAUCAAGAACCUAGCGAUGACUUCUUCAACAUGCUUAUCAAGUGCCAGUCCUCUAGGAUUGAUGAUCAGCGGUGUUCCCCACCAGAAGCAGGCCCCCACGCCCCCACAGUGCCUGAUGAAGACUUCUUCAGUCUGAUCCAGAGGGUGCAGGCCAAGCGUAUGGACGAGCAGCGUGUCCAGCUGCCCUCAGACGACCAGGACGACCCUCCGUCCCCUGAUCCAGAGCCACCUGUUGAUUUUUCCAGCUAGGACUUGGUGAAUAAUGCUGCAUAACCUAAUGUCAAGGAAAAUAAAAGCAAAAGAAAUGAAAUAGGGAUGAGCCAACAUUUAAAGACGGCACUGAAGAGUGAACUAACAAGUUUUUAAAAACAAGACAAAUCCCAUGUGCAAUAGGUGGUGCCCUGUCAAAUGUUGCUCAAUGUGUUAUGUUCUAAAUAUGUGAUAAUAUAAUGGGAAAACAAGCAGAAUUUAAGCUUGGUGGUGUGGAGAAGAAGAAAAUAUGUUUAGGGUAACGUGAAACAAAUAUGAAGUCAGUACUCAAUGUAAUGCCUUAAUCAAAAAAAAAUUCCAGACUCAAGAUUGUAUUCCCUGGUGUCAGAUGUGUUCGGUAGAAGCACAUGAUUGACAUACAGUGUAAUAUGGACAAUUAAUGUGGAGACGUACAGCAUGAGUUGUGGGAAUCGCAUAGACUGUAAAAAUAAUGGACGUGGUAGCAGUGACUUCACCCGUUGGUUUGUGGUCUACCAUUUUGAAGCCUCUGGUUUCUGGUUUGGCCAUCUUGUUUUUUUUAAAACCAGACGUGACGAUUUUUGGGCGAGAGAGUGGAGCUGGGGAGGAUGAUGCAGCAGGUGUGCGGGCCUCCGGGUACUUUGAUGAAGUAAAAACGUUCAAAGUUUAAGACGAAAACAUGGACAACACCCAAACCUAGUCCACGUAUAUUUUAAUGUAUACAGGGCCAUGCCUAUGCAUAGCUAAGCCUCUGUCCUGAUUGACAGAUCCGUGUGUAGCCACGCCCUAAAGCAUGCUCUGCUUUAUUAUCCAUUUUAAAAUAAAUGGGACCAUAAUUUACAAAAUGAGUGUCAUGCUGUAUUGAACAAUAAGUGAAAGUAGCAUUUGAGGCCAUACAUUAAUUAUGAAAAUGUUUACUGACUUAAUAAAUCAAGUGAGAAGUAGGGUCAUUUUCUCAUAGACUUUUAUGCAAUGGGACUUGUUUUUGCAACCAGUGGAGUCACCCCCUGAUGGAAAUUAGAUAGAAUGCAGGUUUAAGGCACUCACUUUUCAGACCCCGAGGCUCCUUCCAUUAUUUUUUCACGGUAUAUGGGGAAUCAAAGAGAUUUAAUGAUGGGAACAAAGUUCAUGAAAACAGCAUACGACAUGACAGAUUUGCACUGAAAUCCUUUUUUAUAUAUAUAUAUAUAUAUAUAUAUAUAUAUAUAUAUAUAUAUAGAUAGAUAGAUAG